UGCUGCUGUAAAUGUGGCAGUGAGACACUCACUCACUGAUGUCUCACACAAGACUCGGGAGCAGCUUGGAGGGCGAUGGAUUUCCAUUCUAGAGGAGAAUAAGUUCUGUCUCAAUGUGUCUCCCUGAGGAUUUUAGUGAUGAGGUGGCUCCUGUCGUGGAUUCUUUUGGUAGCCAGUGGCCUCCAUCAGGCCCUCUCCCAAAAUUCCACUGCCACUCCUCUUGUGACCACAGAAUUGGACCCCUACAACAGGACGCAGUACUGUAAAUGGCCCUGCAAGUGCCCCAAGAGCCCCCCUGUGUGCCCGCCUGGGGUCAGCCUGCUGACGGACGGCUGUGACUGCUGUAAGGCCUGCGCCAAGCAGGUGGGCGAAACCUGCAAUGAGAAAGACACCUGUGACUACCAUAAGGGACUGUACUGUGACUACAGCGCUGACAAGCCUAGGUACGAAAAAGGAGUAUGUGCAUAUAUGAUGGGGUCGGGAUGUGAAUAUGAUGGUGUAAUCUAUCGUAACGGGCAGAGUUUCCAGCCCAGCUGUAAGUACCGCUGCGUGUGUGUGGAUGGAGCGAUCGGGUGUGUUCCGCUGUGCACUGACUCUCUGCCGCCCCGGGUGUGGUGCCAGUCACCCAAGCUGGUGAAGAUUCCAGGCCGGUGCUGUGAGCAGUGGAUCUGUGACGAGCCUCGAAAACCACGCAAGACCAGCCCCAGACACGUUGUGGAGAUGUCCCUAAGCACCAACGACAUCUGGCACAAAAACUGCAUUACCCAGACCACCCCCUGGAGCCCCUGCUCAAAGACCUGUGGACGGGGCGUAUCCUUGCGAAUUUCCAAUGACAACGCACAGUGUGAGAUGGAGAAAGAAACCCGACUAUGCAACCUCCGACCCUGCGAGGUGGACAUUACCAAACAUUUUCGGCCAGGAAAGAAGUGCCUAAACAUCUACCGUGAGCGAGAGUUUCAGAACUUCACCAUCUCUGGCUGCAUCAGCAAGAAGCCUUACUGGCCCAAAUACUGCGGAGUGUGUUCUGAUGAGCGCUGCUGCAUCCCCUACAAGUCUAAGACCAUCGAAGUGGAGUUUGAGUGCCCCAAUGGAUCCGUCUUUACGUGGAAGUACAUGUGGAUCAAUGCCUGCUUCUGCAACCUCUCCUGCAGGAACCCCAAUGAUAUAUUUUCUGAGCUACAGCCCUUCUAUGAGCAUGGUGAGAUCAUGAAUUGAGAAGACCAUUGAUGACACUACCACAGAUUCACUUACAGUAUGGUGUGCUUCACUCGCAUCAGUCCCAGCAUGAUUGAUGGUCAUAAGUGGAUUCAUCAUGUCCAAUGUUCAUGUUUUCACUUUUGUGCCUCAGAUAAUAUAUUUGCACAGUUAAUGUGGACCCCAAUUUCCACUUUUGGAUUCGGAAUGCUGGAGUAGAUCCCUGUGUGGUAUUAGAUUUUGGAUUGAAUUUGGAACAACUUGGAAGGAAUUUAUGGUGGUCAGUCGUUUGGAAUAUAUUUGCUGAGGAGAGUUUGCCUUGGACAUCA